GACCCCACCGGAGUCAGAGCAAGGGCAAGGGAACUGCACCAGCAGCUCACCGUGCGCUGCAAAAACACCCCGUGGCAACCCUUUCGAGAAGACGAGCUGCGCCCCAUCAUGGCCAGAUGGAAGAACAACAAAAGCACCGGGGUAGAUCGCAUUUCCCUGGAGGCGAUCCGCUACAUUUCCCUCAUUAGGGGAGGACUAGGGAGGAUUCUGUGGUUGCUCAACGACAUCCUCUACGUCUCCAAGCUACCCCCGGGGCUUGACGAUGGACUGGCGGUGCUUCUUCCCAAGGUCACGGUCCCACUUGAAUUUGCGGACACCAGACCCAUAACUCCCUCCAACAUCCUGCUGAAGACCCUGGCACAACUGCUACUGAGAAGGGGGCUCCCCCUGCUGCGCCCCAUAGGCAGCCUGCAAUUCUGCAAGACGGGGAGCCAAUCUGUUGAGCUCAUAUUGGCCCUCAGUUCCCCGGACUCGCCGUCCCUGUUCUCUGCAGGGAUAGGGGAGGCCAUCGACCAGGUCACCCGGGACAUGGAAGGAAAGGAGACCCGGGGAGACCACCCCCGUUUGCCGCCAGCGCCGUUUGGCAUUGGA